UUUAUUAUUUAUUUCCAAAUUUCCAAUUUAUUUUCAUUUUCCAUAAUAAAUUGUCAUUAAAAAUCAACAGUAAAAUAGUAAUUGAUAGCAUGUGAAAUAUAAAUGAGUAUUCUCUUGAUAUAGAUUUGCUAAUGUGCGCUGAGAGCAUUUGGCCCGCCUGAAAGUAGCCUAGGAAUAGACCCAUAUCUUUUGUGAUAAUAUGUUUUUUACCAAUAAUUUCUGAAUAUUUUAUAAAAAUGGAAAACAACAAUGAUCAUUCUGAUCAAAAUAAUUUUAGCCCGCUUUCUGUUGAAGACGUUGAUGUAGAUUUUUUACCCAUUGUGUACGAAAUUAUACGCAGUUUCGAGAGGGAGUAUGUGGAUAUAUCAGCAAGGGCACGCGAAUCCCAAGACUGCAGUCUAAAAGUGUUGGAAUUGCAAAAGAAACUGGAAGGUGCUAGAGCACAGAUAAAGAGGUUGCCUGGCAUAGAGUAUAACAAACAGGACCAACUUAAGCAGUUUGAGAUAUUGAGAACUCAACUACAGCUAAAGCAGGAACUGUUACAAAAGUAUCGUAAUAUGUGCUCAUUUUAAAAAACAAAAAUGCCUCUACGUACACUUCUAAGGUAUCUUGCAAACAACGAAAGGCUCGUUCAGAAGAUUGCAGAAUCUUAUCCAGUGCGAAGGGCGGCCCAACUAGCUGUUUCUGUGUUCUUCAGGAGCAAGGAGAAACUAGCAGAUGUCGAUCCUCAAAAAAUUAAUAGAAUAAUGUCGUUUAUAAAUAAAUUUCGCCAAAACAUCAGAGAGGGAAUCGAAGAUGC